AAUAUUAAGUUGCGUACGUGAUGUGUGUUUUUAAACAGUUUAAAGAGGAGAGAACAAGAGAGAGAAAAAUAACAAAAAGAUAAGGUAUGAGUUUUUUUUGUAUUAAGUACUACAUGGUAUAAAUAAUAUGUAAGCAUGGUUUGUAUUGUCGUAGUGGUGGUGGUGGUAAUGGUAAUAAUGAUAUUCGGUUGUUUUUGGUGGUUGUGGUGGUGGUGAUGAUAGUAGCAGUGGCGUUGACGUGGUGGUGGAAGUGGUAGUAGUGGUAGUUGUGGUGGUGGUGUUGUGGUUGUUUUUGUUGGUAGUGAGAGUGGUGGUUUUGUUGAUGGUAGUGGUAGUGGUUGUGGUGGUGGCGGUGAUGGCGGUGGUGGUAAUGGCGGUGGUGCUGGUAGCGGGGGUGCUGGGGGUGAUAGUUGUGGUGGUGUUGCUGUUGUUGGUGGUGGUGAUGAUGGUGGUGGUUACAAUGGUAGCUGUGGUGGUGUUGUUGUGGUUGUUGUUGUUGUUGGCAGUAACAGUGGAGGUGUCCAUGGUAAUGGUGGUGGUGGUGUUAAUAUUCCAUCCACAAACAAAAGAAAAAUAGGUUCCUUUUAAUCAAUUGGAAUUAACAUAUUUUGUGCAAUAGAUUUCUGAAUAAAGCUUAAUAUAGACAUAAAAUAUCUAAGACAAUUAGCAAUGAAACAGGGAAUUAUUUUUUUAUGUUCUUUUAAUGAGUUUAAAUUAGAAAGUUAUUACGCUUUUUAAACAAGAAUGUUUUCAAAAAACAAUUUAUAUUCACAUUAAUGAGAGAUAGAUGAAUCAAAAAAGUGUGGAGAAAACAUGUCACUUGAAACAUCGCUUGAUAAACAAGAAACAUUUUACAAGUCAAAGUCUGGAAGUUCUGGAAUCUGACGCUGUCCAGUCUCUCUCCUUUCUUUCUGUCAAAGUUUGUUGUGACACUUGUUGUACCUCCACCACGCAGACAUGUCUUCUAGUGUGUUAUCUCGCUAGGAUGUAAAGAGAUCAAAACGUUAAAGGAGGUUGCUGAAAGAUGUUACUGAAAAUGGAUGAAUCCGAAGUUAGCAUCUGCGAAGUUUGCUGGCUAAAAAUCACUGAUAGGUUCUACCUUCAAGUCGGCACAAAGAAGCUUCACAAUAAAUGUUUGAAAUGUCGAGCAUGUAUGACGUCAUUAUGUUCAGAUACGUCAUGUUACGAAAAGAAUGAACAAAUAUUCUGCAGAACGUGCUAUUUCAAAUUGUUUUCCAUACCAAAUUGUUUGGGAUGCAAGCAGGAAAUCUCCUCGUCUGAUUUUGUGAUGCAAGCAAAAAAAACUUAUUAUCAUGUUAACUGUUUUCGCUGUUCCCUCUGCUCAGUACUGCUGAAAAAAGGCGACAAGUACGGCAUUCGAAAUCUUCAGCUUCUGUGCGAACCACAUUAUCUCUGUGAUGCGAGGAUUCAAAAACCGCUUUCUACACCAGCAAAUGAAAACGAGGGAACCAACAGAAAAAUAAUACAAGAAAAUCCAGCACGAAAUAUAAAAAGAUCAAACACGGACCAACAUUUUCUUGGAGACGUAAAUAACAAACACAUAAAGCUUAGCGUCGAUAUUGAGCCAUUACAGCUACCAUCUUUACUGGCUGAUAUCGAUGAAAAAGAAGAGCAAGAUAUAACGGUGACGACAUCGUGUGACGAAGUUAAUCGAGACAAAACCAUAUCGGCUUUUAGUUCUUCUACAAGCACUUUGCUUGACAAACAAAUUGGUUCGCCUGUGUUAAAUUACUCUGACCACGAUCAAUCGCACUCUAUCUCGCCUUCAACAAGCAGUGGAGACGAAGAAAAAUUGCUUACGGAAAACCCAAAAACGAAACGUAAAAGUCGGUCCAAAGACGGAAAACCGAAACGUAUACGAACUACUUUCAAAAAUUUUCAGCUUUUGGCAAUGAAAGAUCUGUUCGAUAUUGAAAAGAACCCAGACUCAGCCGCUUUGCAAAAACUGUCCGAAAAAGUUGGUUUAACAAAACGGGUUCUUCAAGUUUGGUUUCAGAAUGCUCGAGCUAAACAUCGAAAGGGUUUGAGUAUAUUUAGUGAUGCUGUUGUAAGAACGUCGUUGGACGAACAAGCCGAUAAAAAACAAGCCGAUGAAAAACCGGACUUCGACCCUGAGUCAUCUACAAUUUUAGGGGAUGAAUCAAAAAAGGGAGAAACAAUGACCCCUGUUUCAUAAAAUAAAUUGAUUGAUGGAUUUAGGAUUUUUUCGUGAAUUUUCAUGCCAAGUGUAUUUAAUGCAUCAUAGUCUACCAUAGAGUUGUAAAAAAUUAUAAGUAUAUGUAUGUAGUGAAUUCUUGCAGUCGCCAUUUUUUUCUACACCUGAGCAAUAAAAGCUUCAUAAGAAAAAAAUUUAAAUCUUUUUAAUAAUAGCCGUAUUUCGUGUGCGAUAUAUAAAGGUUUUCCACGGGUUAACGACUUCUAUAUUAUAAUAUCCGUAUGGUGCUUUUAAUAAUUAUUUUAUGCUAAUUAGAAUCUGUCUUUUUGUGAUAUUUUUUACAGUAUAUCGUUUAUUACUUUCAAUUUUAUAUCUUAAACAGAAAUUUUAUUAUGUAAAUAUUUGCAUAUCACGUAUUUUGUAUUUUCUACUCAAAAAU